GGGGCAGAACAACAAUCCAUCAAGUUGAAACACCAUCUCCGAGUGGUCCCAGUCACAGUGCUUUCUUUCCUAGGACUACGGCACGACACAAUAAUCGUACCGCAUAAAUCUAAGUCGAAUCGAGAGCAGCAGCAAUUACGACAUGAGUGAGAGUGACGCAGAUAACAGGGAUGCGCCGUCGAAGGCCAUGAUGAUAAUGCUCGCGCCAGAUGGUUAUUACACCUAUUUGAACAUCCCAAAAGUUCCAGUACAGAAUAGCAGCGGCAGUGUUGGCAGCAAAGAAUCUGGUGAGGACCCUUUGCUACAAAUAGACCUCGAUCUUGUGAAGAAAAAUUUCCGCAAGCUAUCCAUCCGGGUAAGCAUCACAGUCGUACCGAUGUUUUGCGACGACGCGCAACUGUAUGCGAAAGGUUGAACUUURAUGGCACGGCKUGAGGUAGUAUCUCUGUCGCUCUUUUUGUUCGUUUGUAAUUUAUGGAAUGAUUCUUAUAAUUUCCGUCCGCUUUUGUCACCAAAGCAUCACCCCGAUAAACCGGGUGGAGAUUCGGAUACUUUUCGAACGCUGAAACGGGCUCAGACCGUCCUAUCAAAUCCMAAAUUGCGACAGCAGUACGACAUACUAGGGCUUGACUUGGAUGAUGAUGAUGUGGAACAAAAUAGUUCUGCCGGUAUCAAUGACGAGGAUGCUGGCGCGGAACCACAGACGACUUCCCAGGGGAUUAUUCAGGAUAUUGCAAGUGCUGCACUUACGACGGUAUUGCAAUUGGGUGUCAGGACGGGUAUGUUUGUUAUCAUUUGAGUUUUGUCUGUCGUGCAAUUGUGUGUAGCCAAUAAUAGGAGAACAACGGCGAUGAUCGUUACUGAUACUACAAUUCCUGAUCCUGCUGAUAUUUAUGCUCCAUUCUGCGAUGUUMUAUUGAUCAACAUGAAUUACUUUUCGUUYUCAUUCAAUUCUUCGUAUGGUUCUACACGAAUAACAAUGGAUUUCAYUCGGCCAGCCCUUUUGGGAACUAUUUCUUUGAUCAUCGCCCGGUAUAGGUUGACACUUUUUCCUACGUUGGCUUUUUUGGCUUUUGUCGCCUACAAGGUCCGUUCUGGACCCACUGUGGACCAUUCAUUGGAAUUGAUGUCACCUUUUGUGAUUGGAAUUGGAAUGAUYAUCAUGUAUCAAGCUUCAUCAGGGAGCUGGAGUUCUAUCUCCGAAGACGGCACUAAAAAAAUACAUUGGCUUUUGUACUGGUUGGGAGAAUCUAUCACUAUUUUCAUGUUCACAUAUAAUUCCAUGGAAGUCAAGCCAUCUAUGUCCAGUCCAAUAUAUCUGGGCGCCAUUGGUUUGUUUGGAAUACUAGCUGCCCUUUGGUUCCGUGGAAAAUUCUGGAAUUAUGCCAUUGUUAUCGGAUUGGAGAUUUUUUUGGCUAUUUUCAUCGCCCUUGCCUUUCCUGUCUUUGAAAUGAUCCUCGAGGCAAUUCUUAACGACAAACUCAAAAAGGUUGGAGAUAAGAUCCGAGCGCAGCACAAAUGUAUGGAACGCUAUUACAAGCAACAAAGUAAUGACUAAUAAUAAUAUCAAUGAAAUUGAUUGCAUCCCUUCUACAACGCAUUCGAUGAAGACAAGCAAAACCUCAGAAAUAUUUCUUGUUCUGGGUGAAUGUCUGGUAGCAGUACGAUAAUAGUAUUGUACAAGAAAAAGAAAUAGAACUACACAUUAAUG